AUGAAACAAUUAGCUAUUUUAUUCGUUUUUGUUGCUUGUCUCUUGUCAUCGAUUUUCGCACAGUUUGGUUGUGAAACUUGUUCAAUGUGUAUUUGCCCCGAGGGGACUAACCCACCACCGUCAUCAUCAAAAUGUUCUUUAGCGUGUAACCAAUGGACUUGUUCUUGUCCAGAUAAGUCUUAUUUUAACUGCAUUAACUGUACGUGUUAUGGACGACCUGAUCGAGAUAAUGGUAACCAUUAUAGAGGUCCCGAUGAAGAUGGCUGGAUACGUGGUUUUAAUUGUGAUUGUUCUGGUUGUCAAUGA